AUGGCACCUCUACGGACUCCAUUGCGAUCUUUUGCCAACGUCCCUCGAAGAUUCUAUUCCGGAGCUCCCACCCCUUCCGCAAAGCUCAAUCUCCCCAUUGACUACAAAACUACCCCAAUUCUACAUCACACCUCCUCUUCUUUGGCAAACACAACAGACUUCCCUGCAGGCGCCACCAGUAAGCGACUCAAUUUUUUCCAGGCAAUAAAUUCCGCCCUCAAAACCGCUUUAUCGAAAUCCGAGAAGGUCCUCCUCUUCGGUGAAGAUGUCGCGUUCGGUGGUGUAUUUCGCUGCUCAAUGGAUCUCCAGACAGAGUUCGGCUCAGAUCGAGUGUUCAAUACCCCUUUAACAGAGCAAGGAAUUGCAGGAUUCGCAAUAGGAUGCGCGGUGGAGGGGAUGAAGCCGGUGGCAGAGAUUCAAUUUGCAGACUACGUCUUUCCGGCCUUCGAUCAAAUUGUCAACGAGGCAGCCAAGUUCCGUUAUCGCGAGGGCGGGACAGGGAUCAAUGCUGGCGGGCUUGUGAUUCGUAUGCCGUGUGGUGCGGUUGGGCACGGUGCUCUAUACCAUUCGCAAUCGCCCGAGUCUCUCUUUGCGCACAUCCCCGGUGUGCGGGUAGUGAUGCCACGGUCUCCAGCUCAGGCCAAAGGUCUUCUUUUGUCGUCGAUUUUUGAGCACAAUGACCCGGUGAUAUUCAUGGAGCCUAAAAUCCUAUACCGUGCGGCGGUAGAGCAUGUACCAAACGAAUACUACACGAUACCCCUCAGCAAGGCCGAAGUGAUCAAGCCUGGAAAGGACUUGACUGUCAUCUCAUACGGCCAACCUCUCUACAUGUGCUCUGCUGCAAUUUCGGCAAUCGAAAAUGCGAUGCCUGGUGUUAACGUGGAGCUCCUCGAUUUGCGAACAAUCUAUCCCUGGGACAGACAGACAGUCAUCGAGAGUGUGAAGAAAACAGGACGCGCCGUGGUGGUGCACGAGAGUAUGAUCAAUUACGGAGUGGGUGCAGAGGUAGCAGCUACCCUGCAGGAAAAUGCAUUUUUGCGAUUAGAAGCUCCCGUGAAGCGAGUCGCUGGAUGGAGCACCCAUACUGGCCUGAGCUACGAGCAGUUCAUCCUUCCUGAUGUUGCAAGAAUUUUCGAUGGUAUCAAGCAAACACUGGAGUACUAG